UACUUCUGAACAGGAUUUAGCUAUACUUCCCAUUGAAAAUGGUUCCUGCGAGUCUGCAGCUGGACAGAAGCGCAACUUCCGCAUUCAUACCAACCAGCUUUCAGUGCGUUGUCCACGCUGCAUGCAGAUAAAACCUGUGAAGAGAAGCGUAAUGGAGCUGGUUUUCGCAUAGUAGAGAGAGAGAAAUCCACUCACAGUCCAGUCACACACAAGAUGCGGCGAGGAAGCAUGUCUCAUCCUCCUCAAUUAUCAGACCUGAAUAUUAUGCUGUUGGGUCUGACUGGAGCAGGGAAAAGUGCAUCAGGAAACACCAUCCUAGGUGGAGACAGAAAAACAUUCGAAGAACGUAAUUAUUUUACGUCUGAGACCCAAAUUUGUGCACCAGCGCAUACAGUGGUGGACGGACAAACUGUCAAUGUGAUCGACACUGUGGGACUCUCUGAUACAGCUGUGAAGAUUACAGAUGUUCAGACCCAAAUAGAGCAGAUAAUGCAGAAUACACCACUCGAUGUGUUUCUGCUGGUGAUCAGACUGGGUGAGACGUUCACAAAGGAGAAACGUGAACCUGUGAAAUGGAUCCAGAAGAACUUUGGAGCAAAGGUCUUAAAACGCACAAUAGUGCUCUUCACUCAUGCGGAUCAGUUACAUGAGCCAAUAGAAGAUCAUCUGAGCAAAUCUGAAUCACUGUGGUCAGUAGUUGAUCAGUGUUCAGGAGCAUUUCAUGUUUUUAACAACAAAGAUGAAGAUCAGACUCAAGUCACUGAGCUUCUGGAAAAGAUUGAGUUUCUGAGGAGGACGAAUGGAUACAGGAGAUACACUGAGCAGGACUUUAAGAAGACUCAGAAAAAUCUCUGGCUCAAGAAAUGUGACAUCUUCAUAGUAGCAAUAGCAUUAGGAGCAGCAGCAGCAAUUUUAGCUGGAGUAGCAUUAAGAGGAGGAGAAGGUGUAUUAGGAGGAGCAUAUGUAUUAAGAGCUGCAGGAGUAGGAGAAGCACCUCCGAUGGUGGCUUCAGUUGCACCACGUACAGGACCGGCAGCAUUACUAGGAUCAGCAGGAGGUGCAGCUCUCCUGGCAGUAGCAGCUUGUGCUGGACUGUAUUUUUUGGCAAGAAAAUAUCUCUCUAGAGAAAAUGAUAAAAGAGACUAAAAUACUCUAGCAUCAUGCUGUAUAUAGCAUGAGUAGAACAAGCACAUUUGAAAUAAAUACAUUUUCUUUCACAGUGGAGUCAAUAAAUAAUCAAGUAUGUUUUUCUUUCGUAAAAUAGUGUAUUAUACUAUCCUGAUAUUAGGAGGGUUUUACACUAAAUGAAAUCUGAACACUGGAGAAGCCUUGUGUAACUGUGUCCAGCAGAGAGAGCUGUGUCAUGCCGUGAAUGUGUGCGUAUGCGUGAAUGCGCAGAUCUGCCUGUAUGCAUCGACUGCACGAACAUAUACAAGUUUUCGUUGCUUGAACUGACUGGAAUUCUGACUGCUCCCUCCGUCAUGACAAAAAUGGAAUUAAGAGCUGAAACUGGUCUGAACUGCAAUUUUAUCUAAUCAAAACUGUAUUUUGUUCAAAAAGAAAAUUUAUGGAAAUAAAAGUAAUCAAGGUGAUUUCAUGCACUAGCCUAUAUAUUAAUCAGCGCAUGUAUAAUCCAUCAUCUCCCAGUAAGGUCAAAAUAAACUAGGCUGAAACUAUGCUAUUUCAAGGACAGUACAGCCCUUAAAUAUUUUUUUUUCCCUUUUUGUUCACAUAAAUGCUUUUGUUUUGCCUCUUCUAAUCUGAGUGAGUACUUUUUUUUUCAAUAAUCAUAAAAAAGGCCCAAAAGCUAUAAAUGAAAUGUCCCUCCUUUUACGAAUAGCCUAACAAACCGUUAGAGGCAUUCAGCAUUCAAAGCCAAUCAGCUUUCAGAAUCACAAUAGUGUGUCAUCAAACCUGU